AUAUAUAUACAAAUCUUUCCAUCACAGUCGAUACGCUUGUUUAGACUUUUAAUAUUUUCCAUACAAAUUUAUUAAAAACACCAAAAAAACAAAAACAAGAAAAGAGUUAAUAAAACAUAAACCAGAAUGCAUACGACCAAACUUAAGGAGGGCGAUGACAGGGAAGACAUGGAACUGAAUCAAGUCUGGCGUGCCUGCCGUAAAAUCCAAGGCGCCAUCUUUCGUUAUAACUUUGACAUCUGUUCCGAUUUAAAGCAACAUGAUCCCCAAUGCAGCGGCUUCAUAUCGGAGUCUAUAUUCACCGCUGUCCUGGGCAAAUAUCGCAAGGUGGCCGGCAUGUCCGAGUAUGAGCUGAGAGAUGUCACCGAUUAUUUUCAAAUUCGAGAUGGUCGCGUGGCCUAUCGCCAAUUCUGCAAAGUGGUUUGCAGUGAAACUUUAAAUUCGAGCGCUAAAAAGGAUUUUUCUUCUGGCCUUGAAUGGAAUGAUCCAUGGCAUAUGAAUGUCAUAACACAGCCAGAAGAUCGUCGGAGACUUUGUUUAAUUCUCUAUAAAAUAGCCAAAGAGACACAUUUACCAUUGAUGCCAUAUUUUCAAGACUAUGAACUAAUAGCUCAAAAUGUUGGAGUUGUAACAGUGGCCCACUUUUCGAGGGUAUUGCAUUUUAUGAAGAUUCCUCUAUCCGAAUCGGAUUUCCUAUUGCUCUUGAGACGGUACAUGAAGGAUGGAUAUCUUGUCAACUAUGUGGCAUUCCUGAAGCAUAUUGAUAAUAUAAUUGCCUAUUUGAAACAUCAUGAAUUGCUAGAUAACUCUCAUGAUAUCAUAAGAGAUUUUCCUGGACGAUUGGUGGAUUUAGAGCUAUCUGAAUUACCACCCGUGAAUGGCUGCAGAAUAGUUCAUCCCAUUUUUCCAGAUGCUUGUAAUCAUCCAAAGAAAUUUCGCAAUCAAUGUGAUUUAAUAUUUUGCGUUCAAAGUUAUAUAUACAAGAAUCAAAUACGGACAUCCGAAUUCUUGGAGAACUUUGAUACACUGAAAAUUGGUAGCAUAACGAAAAAUCAAUUCGAGCGUGGCCUCUCGAACAUGGGAGUGGGCAAGUAUUUGUCAAAUCGAGAGAUUUGUUUAUUGGCCGAACGCUAUAUAGAUCCAAUCGAUACAAAUCGUAUACGUUGGCGCAAUUUUUGUGAUGACAUUGAUACAGUGUUUACAAUCAAGAAUCUGGACAAGAUGCCACAAUGUGUAGUGGAAUCACCUUUGCGUCAUAUUAAAGAGCUACCCAGAGUGGGCACUGCAAAUUGGGAUGCAGCUCCUCAGAAUAUACGUGAUCUAUGUGAAGAUGCCAUGGCCAAGAUACGCAUACGUAUACGGAAUCGUCGUUUAUAUUUGCAUCCAUUCUUCCGUAGCUAUGACAAAUUAAAUAGUGGCCAUGUUCUCUGCAAUCAAACCAAUCAAAUCUUUCGCACCAAUGGCAUACUGCUCUCGGAUCAGGAGCUUAAUGCUGUCCUCAGUCGUUAUGGCAAUGAGCUGGGCUUCUGUUAUACCAAAUUUCUGGAUGACGUCGAUCCAGCCGAAUAUGCCAUGCCCAGUAUGGUGGCCAAGCAACAGCUUAUUGAGUGUCCUCGCAUGGCGCGAGAUAAUACAGAAAAACUAGAGGUUAGCGAAGAAACUAUCAUACGCAUUCUCACCAAUGCCAAGCGACAGGCUCUGGUUAAAGGAGUGGCUGUCAUUGAUUUUAUGUCCGAUUACGAUCAUCAUCGUGAGGGAGAGAUACUGGAAUCGGACUUUAAGCGUGCCUUGGACAACUCAAGUGUUCAACUCAAUGAGGAAGAGGCCAAUGCCCUAUGCAAUAUUUUCCGGUCACCACGUCGCAUGACCUGUGUACGUUAUCGUGAUUUUUGCAAAGCUCUCGACGAGAUUUUCAUACAAAUCGAAACGAAUAUGGCGGAUCAAGUGGUCACUGCUAUGCCGCUGCUGCAUUUACCCAAUUUGGAUUGUGUCGAUUGCUUCUUGACAUUCGAGGAGCGUACCGUUUGCUCACAAGCCCUUAUGAAAUUGGCCCGCAAGCCCGACGAGAUAUCCAAUUUGAGUCAAAUCUUCAAGGACUUUGAUCGUGAGCAAUGCGGUUCGGUUACCCAAAAUCAAUUCCUGCGCGCCCUUACCGUCCGUGAGAUGCAUCAUAUGCUGAGUAGCCGUGAAUUCGAUUCGGUUUGCAAAUGUUUUGGUGUCAAACGUAGUCUCUGCCUGGAGUUCAACUAUCGUGAAUUCCUCAAAAUCUUGGAUGUUCUCUAUACCACCGGCCAGGUGAAGCGUAACUAUUAGUGUAAUAUUUGUCGUAAUUUGUUCUAAAUUCUCUGUGUACCAUUGUAAAAAUUGUAACCCAAGUGGAAUUAUCGUCAACCAAUGUGAAAAGUAAAAGAAAAUGGUUUCAGAAUUCAUAAAUAUAUAAUUCUUAAAUGAAUCUUUGUUCCGUU